UAAUAUGGGUACUUCCUGACAUGAACGUGCAUCAGUGUGGUCAGUACUUCCCAGCAACGGAUGCAAACAUGAAUGGCAGCUGGGGUAUCGACCUGAUAUGCACCACAUAGGUGAGGAGACACACUUUGAGCAUACAGCUAGGCAUGGGGACGGAGAGUGAGAGUAUGCUGCAGCUUGCAGCGGAGGCUUUCCAGUCGAAAAACUUCGACCUAGCUGCGGAUAUCUACGAGUGCCAACUAGCGGGUUUCGGAGAUCCAGGCAGCCGGCAGGAGCUGAUGGUGAAGCGGGCUGACGCUCUCGCCUUCGGGGGCAAAUUCGCAGAAGCUUUCAGUGUCUACAGACAAGCGUCGGAGAAAGAGCGACUGAGACCUGUUCACCUGGCCAACCUCAUAGAGUACCUGGCGAGUAGUAUCAGGAGGCAAGACCUGGGUGACAGUCAAACCAGGUGCGCGGGGAGAGGAGAGGAGGGAGAGGCUGCGGUGGCGGCUCGAUGCCUGGGAGUUGGUGCGACAGGUUUCGGAUACGAGGACUUCUCCUGCCGGAUAUGUCUGAGCUUUCUCUUUGAGCCUGUGACCCUGCCGUGCGGACACUGCUUCUGCAAGAAGUGUCUGGAGAGGGAGGUGAAGCAGAUGAUGUGUAAGGAGUGCAGGGACAGCUCCAGGGUAGCAGACGUCCAGAGUUACAGGGUCAAUGUGGUCCUCAGCAACCUGCUGGCCAAGUGGUUCCCCACCUGGAGCCAGGCAGGCCGGCUGAGGCGGGAGGGCAACGGACUGUACGCCGAGAAGAAGAUGGAAGCAGCGCUGGAGAAAUACAACCAAGCCAUACUGAUAGCACCCAUGGACCACAUACUGUUCAGUAAUCGCUCCCAGAUCCACUCCAGUUUGAGACGCUAUGAAAAGGCUCUGAGAGAUGCUGAGAUGGCCUGCAGACUUAUGCCUCACUGGUCCAAGGGUCAUGUUCGUAAGGCCCAGGCCCUGGUAUCACUGGGCAGGACAGAGGAAGCUCUUAGGGAGUACCUGGUCUGUCUGUCUCUGGAGCCUGACUGUAGACUGGCCAAGGCUGAGGCCCACAAGCUUCUCAGUGAUCUCCUGGCUCCAGUUACAGAUCAGGUUCCUGAGCACAUCUCAGACUGCUCCAACACACUGUCUUCCAGAGCACACAUCAAGAGCAGCAUUAACACUCCCUCCCAGAUCUUUAGCACCAACUUGUUGUCAUCAGCGUCCAGUCUUGCGCCCGCUCCUCCUGCUCCAGAGGGCAGUCAGGUCAAAGGUCAGGGAAAGCCUGAGGUCAGGAGACUGGAUCACCGUUUUCUCCUCAAAAGGAAACGGUGGAGCAUGGAGGAGGAGGUGGAGGAGGGAGGACAGGAGAGUAGCAGCGAUCACAAGAAAGCCAAAUCUGAUCCAGCAGAGGCGACUAAUCCAUCGAGCUCUGCAGUUGGUGACGUCUUGGACCCCACAGAUCUGGAGUGUUCUCUUUGUAUGAGACUUUUCUAUGAGCCAGUGACGACACCGUGCGGUCACACCUUCUGUCUUCGGUGUCUGGAGAGAUGUCUGGACCACAACCCGAGGUGUCCACUCUGUAAAGAGGAGCUGUCUGAGUACCUGGUCCAGAGGCAGUACUGUAAGACAGUGGCAAUGGAGAAGCUGAUAUCGAAGUAUCUUCCCUCUGAGCUCAUGGAAAGACAGAAAAUCCACCAGGAUGAGAUGGCUGAGCUCUCCAAUCUUAACAAGAAUGUGCCUAUAUUUGUGUGCACCAUGGCCUUCCCCACUGUGCCGUGCCCUCUCCAUAUCUUCGAGCCGUGCUACAGACUGAUGAUUCGCCGAUGCAUGGAGACGGGAACCAACUGCUUUGGCAUGUGUCUGGCAGAUAACCUUAAGGGGUUUGCAGACUAUGGGUGCCUGUUGGAGAUCCGUGAUGUGAAGUUCUUUUCAGAUGGCCGUUCAGUUGUGGACACCAUCGGCAGACGGAGGUUUAAAGUCAUUCAGCACAGCGAGAGGGAUGGAUACAACACAGCUGAUAUAGAGUACCUGGAGGAUGUUAAGGUGGAGGGUCUGGAAGAGCGUGAGCUGCAGUCUCUGCAUGACAUAGUGUACGACCAGGCUCUGGUAUGGGUCAACUCCUUAAAGACAGAACAGAAGGAACGCAUUGAAGGACACUUUGGACCGAUGCCUCAGAAAGACUCUGCACUUCAGGACAGUCCUAACGGUCCCUCAUGGUGCUGGUGGCUGCUAGCUGUUCUUCCAUUAGAAGGCCGAGCCCAGCUGCCAUUUCUGGCCCUCACCUCUCUGAAAGAUCGCCUCAGCGGCAUCCGCAAGGUGCUGCUCCUCAUGGCCCACAACAGGCACCGGUGACAUCUUCUCCACCUGCCUGGAAAAUGCAGUAACCACCUGCCCCCCCAUACACACAGACACACAUCCUCCUCCAAAGCAGCAGUUGACCUGUUGUUCUUACUUUUGAUGCACAAAGAACUGACAUUGAUGUUGUUGCACCUUCUUUGUUGUAGCCCCACCCCAUUCACAAAACAGUGAUGGACUCAUCUGCACAUCUACAGCAAACUUUGACUAAAAAAAAGCAGCAACAAAGAUGAGAGUGAGCUGAAUACAUAGAUAUCUUUGUUCAUAACAUUCUCUUCACACCAUACAAAAAAACCAGCCGUGCAGACCUGCAGAUUGAAGCUAUGUUCAGACAGAAGGGACAUCUGAUUUCUUAUGAUGACUGUCAUCAUUACAAGUCACAUGUGAUUAGAUUUGGUACAUUACAUCAUCUUCUGUUAUAACAUUGGAUGUCACUGUAACAAUACUAAUGCGCACAUGCUAAGAAGCUACAUUUCCAGGUAUACAGCAACAAGCUUUUGUGCUCUUAUGUCUUCAAAUGUCCAGGUUCCACUGUUGCCUUUCUGGCCCUCCUCCAUGUUUAUAGUUCUUUGUUCUUCCUCUUGCAUACAUUUUUUUUGUGAAAACAAACUUUGCAGUCUGAUAUGAGUGAUUUUUCCCAAAAACAGGCUGAGCUGCCUGUCUGAACAUAGCUUUAAAACAAAGACAAAACAAUUUCCCCAGAUCAGACAUACAAAUUCAUUUAUGGCAAGUACCAUUGAUUCAACCAAUCAGUGUCCACUUGCUGUAUGUCUCUAAAUGUACAUAGAAAUUCUGCAAGAGACCAAACAAUUUUCCUUUUGUGUGGUUGCACUCACUACUGUUGAGUGAAUAGUAGUAAUAAUAAUAAUAAUACUGAUUAGAUAUGAUUAAUUUGUAUGCCCAUUACUAAAUGUAGACAGAAACAGAUAAACCUAUAUGUUUACUAUUCUGCCACCUUUAUUAUAACUUCAAUAACAAUCAUUUUUUUGGCUGCUAUUCUGUCUUCCUGUCCUCCUUGCUUCCUUCAUUGCUGUCCCUGUCUGACACUACAUCAUGCUGCAUGAAUAACAAUGGACUGAACUUUUUCAUUGCUUGUUCUUGUGUUUCAUUCAUCCAUGUUUUUUAUUUUUCACUAUUUAUUUUGUCGUUAUUUAUGCAUGCCGUGACAUUGUUUACAUUUUACAGAAAGAGAUGCUGAGCUGCUCACUUUCCAAAGGCUUUUUGUUUAAACUUAACCUUUGACCCAAACGUCAGUAAUAAUAUUCUGUAAUGUUGUAGGGUAUUAUUACUGUUAUACAACUAUUUACACAAUCAGCAGGGGGUAAAGAGUUGGGGCCAACAUAGCUGCCACUGAAAACUAGCCAGGACAAACUCUAGAAAUUGGAGUUGAGGGUAGAUUCUCUUCCAGACCACAUAUUUUUAGAACGCCGGUGACCCAAAUCAAUGCAGUAUUUGUAUCGGCCUGUGUCAAUCUGAGCUAUGUUGACUUUAACAUAUUUGGAUUCCCCCUCUGUCAGCAGCCUCUCUAUAGCAGAGGUACUUGUAAUAAUUACAGGCUUUAAGAGAGCCUGGCAAGCAAUACCUGGAUUUCUGAUACCAUUAUGUCCUAAGUAUAUUUAUUCAGUAUUUAUUCAGACUUGCGUUGCACUUCCACUUUAAGUAAGGGAAAGAAACAGAGCAGACAGGCUUCAGGAUAUGCAUUUCCACUAUUGCUAGUGUCAGAAUACUUAACUAUUUUUAUUACCACAGAAUAAACUCAAAUCCUCUAAUGACUUAAUCAGUAAACAGUCCCUAAAUGAAAGCCUGUCUGCACUGUCUAGUAGUCCGACGCUACUGCUACAGAUCUCCUUUCAUAUGGGUUUGAUUGAUGUAUGCUAAAGGCUGGUGCCUUCUGUCCACAGAAUAACAUGGUGUGAAACAAUUUCACAUUAGGUAGUGCAUACUAGGCCCAUUUUAAGGUUAAUCUCCCUUCUUUUGCAAAUUUUAGUUCAGAAAAUGAUUUUCACGGAAAGAAAAUUUGUAUAUAUUGAUUUGGAGAAUUCCCACAAAUAUAUUUCUGAGAAAAUGGUGUUGUUAGAAAAAUAUUGAGGCCUUGCUGAUGUCUGUGACAUGACUGUUUUUACAUGGCAAGAGCUAAAUCUCUGGAAAAUGCAAGAGAUUGUUGAGCUUUGCCUUUAAAAUGUUUUUAUUUUAUAUACGCGUGUUUGAUUUUACAUGUUUCUAUGUCAGUUGCGUUCUUUGUAUUUUAUUAUUUUCUUCACCUUAGUCGUGUGUUUAUUUUGUCUGUAUUUCACCUGUACUAGUACAGGGAGUGUCACAUUAAAUUAUCCACAUUUAUUAUUUUCUGUUGAAGGCUAAAGCCGUGUAAUGCUAUAAUAUUGAGAAAGUGAAUACCACAAUCUUUUAAUAUUUUCCCCACAAUAAUUUGGUGAUACUUUAUUGUCAGGUGGUUGCAAUAUGACACAGAAUGUAACAGCAGUACUAUAGAAAGUACUAUAUAAACUAUAUAAUCCAUUGUGUAAUGAUCCAAGUGUUAAAUUAUAUUAGAAGAUUUCUGUCUAAAGAGGCAUGUACUAUUGAACAAGUGCUGAGAAAAUAAGAUUAACUGGUUUCAGCUAUCUCUCCAAAAUGUAUAAAACAAUAACCUUUGUAAUGUUUGCUAAUAUUGUAGCUGGUGCCCACUGAAAAGCUAUGUUGUUCAAACUGGGCAGGAAAUGAAAAAGCCAUUAGUCAGAUAUAACCACACCUCCAGUAUAAAAGCAUAUCACAGAGAUAUUUCAAAUUCAGAGAGGCAUGUAUUUCCUGAUAGAUGUGAAGAGGUAGAGGUAAAGGGAAAAGCCACCGAAAAGAAAGUCACAUAUGCUAUUUUAUUUUUACAAUUUGUAAGCAUGAGUAUAAGUAAGAAAAAAAUAUUUAAACUCCCUUGAUGAACGAGUUCAUCGUUGACAGUGAAGCUUCUUGAUGUCCUGACUGUACUCUGUGAAUUAUUAUUCAUCUGUGACAGCAGUUCUAGUGCCUUAAGUUGGACUUCUUCCAUUUUCACUUUGAUGUAUAAACUGCAAUAGUGACUACUGUAUGCUAACGUUUUGUGCAACAACUUUGGGUUCCCUAAAUAACAUCUUAAGAUAAUGUCUUUAAGAACCUGGACUAUGGCAGAGGGGUUUGUGUUGGAAAAGUGAUUAGUAUUAUUAUUGACAUAUAACACCAGUUAAUACUAAUCCAUUAUGUAAUCUGGUUCCCAGAAAUCCUACACAUUAAGUUAGCCUAAUUAAAGCAUUCAAUAAGACAUUAAGACAUUUUGGGAAAUAAGCUUAUUAGCUUUCUCGCUGAGAGUUAAAUGAGGUGGUGCCUGCUGCCCUCAUGUUUUUGCAUUAAAUUACGAAGCUAUUAAAUGCAAACCUCCACCAUAUUCCAGGUUUUUAAAUCAUUGUGGGUUAGAAUUGACUUUUUUCCACACCGACAACCAACACACUUAGCCUUAGCUCCUGCAAUCCUGGCUGACUCAUGUUUUUUUUGUGCUUUUUAAAUAUAUAUAUAUAUAUGUAUAAAAAAGGAUACAUUUUUUCCAUAUGCUUGGAUUAUCACAGAGAUGAUUUCAGAGGAGAAGUGUUAAUCAGGAAACUACGGAAGCCAAAAAUGGCCAUGCUUUCAUUUAAAAAAAAAUGUGUCAAAAAAAAGUCUUUCUCUAAAGAUCACUAGUAAAUUAUACCAUUAUCUACACCGGCAGAAACUGCAUUCUGUCUCUCUGUUAAAGAUAACGCUCCCUGUCAUUUAAGGACAAUCCUCCCUGACAGUCAUGACAGUGAUCUUGAAGGCUGAAGUCAGGCGUGAUCAAAUGAACCAAACACUCAUUUUCAAGCUUGCCAAUAAUUAUCCCCUGAUCUUGAUGAUAAAUUAGCUUGUUAUCUUGAGAAACUGGCCUUUUGUUUUCCCAAUAAUCAACAUAUAUUAAUUAACCUGUAAUCACUGGAAAACUUUUUAUUUUUUUAUCGUUUCGUUAUCUUGUGAUGAUGAAAACGUAUUUAACUUGUGAUUUCGAGAUGACAGCAUCAAAAAAAUAACUGCAAGCACGACCCUUCUCGGCUUCCAUAGCAAACAGCACAGAUUAUAAGCUAUGACCCAGUGAAGAUGUGAACACAGUGGCAUUUGUCUUGGUGUCAAGAAUUGAAUCCUUAAAGAUUAGGAUGGGUUUAAGCUGCUGCUGCAGCUUGAUGGUAUCAUUUUUGACAUUUUGUAGCACUCCAAACUCAUGAUAACGUUGAUCAUGCUGACAAACUUCCUGUAAGCUGUGAAGUGGCUUGUAAUUUCAAUGUCUCCAGUUUGUUCAGUAACCAUAACAAAAUAACAACAGUGUAGAUGUAGAAGUGGCAUCUUUUUGAUCUUUUGUUAUCCAGCUAUGCAAAAACAGUAGGAUGGGGGAUUACUGAUGCCCACUGAUAUCUUGACCUUUCAGAAUUCAACCACUGAUCUUUUGAAGGAGUGUAACUACCUCUAGCAUCCUUCUAGAGCACUUCCACAAAGAGAGAAAGAAAAACUAUGCUUCCUAAUUUUGUUGUUUUCUUGUCAGUCUUGUUUAAUCUGUGUUAAAAGUGUAAUUUGAGAGUCUAAACAAAUAACGUAUAUCAUCUGUGUCUCAUCACUGCUUCAAAAAUGUGUUUUUUUUCUUAAGAUUUGUGCCCAUGUCAAAAUGCACCAUCUUCAUCAAUUCUUCACACAGAGUUUAUGUCACUUUGUCAACUAAAACUGCAAAAAUUCAUAGGUUUGUGUGUAAUGUAUUGGAUACUGAUCCCAAAUAUUUGAAGUAUUUUGAGGAGCACUUGAUUUAUCUCACCUGGCAAAGUGAAAAGCUUCUCAGAAACAAAGUGUAGGACUUCUUGUAUGUUAAAGUGAGUUGAAAAAAUCCUAAUAUAACAUCCAUGCUCAUCUAACUUUAAAGAUCUUAAUGUCCUAAAAAAGCUUUUCCAAGUGCUCCUAAUAUUUUCAGAUAUUUGCGCUAACAUCAGUCACUACAUGGCCUGCUUCUUUCAAAGGCUGUUAACCUCCUGUCCAUGGCCUCUAAAUGUGUCUGGGUGAAAUCGCACAAGAUGAAUGUAUGUAUGUCUCGACAUCUCUCUGAUGUUUUCUGUACAUGUCUGUUUUUGAUAGUAAAACUUUAGUAUGCAUUACUUUUGCAAAAGUACAGUCUUGAAGCUGCAACUUGUGAAUAAACCAAAAGGUUUGUGUUCUCAGCUUGCUUGAGAACACACUGGACUGGACUUGA